CGCGAACGUGUUUCCAGAGUGUUUCUUUUCGUGUGUAACCUCUAUCAUGGCGGUGGGUAAAAAUAAGGGGCUGUCGAAAGGAGGCAAAAAGGGCUUAAAGAAGAAGAUCGUCGAUCCCUUCACUCGCAAAGAUUGGUAUGAUGUAAAGGCACCGUCUAUGUUUACUAAUCGUCAUGUUGGCAAAACGUUAGUAAACAGAACUCAAGGAACAAAAAUUGCUUCUGAGGGUCUCAAAUACAGAGUAUUCGAGGUGUCUCUAGCAGAUUUGCAAAAUGAUGGAGACGCAGAGAGGUCUUUCCGUAAAUUCAGGCUAAUAGCUGAAGAUGUACAACAUCGUAAUGUUCUGACCAAUUUUCACGGCAUGGAUCUCACCACAGACAAGCUGAGGUCCAUGGUUAAGAAAUGGCAGACUCUGAUCGAAGCUAAUGUCGAUGUAAAAACUACAGACGGCUAUCUUCUCAGAGUUUUCUGCAUCGGUUUUACUAACAAAGACCAAUUGAGUACCAGGAAAACGUGUUACGCUCAGCAUGCACAGGUCAAGAAAAUCCGACAAAAAAUGGUAGACACCAUCACGAAUGAUGUUACCAAGAGUGAUUUGAAGGGUGUGGUUAGUAAGCUCUUGCCGGAUGCUACUGCCAAAGACAUCGAGAAAGCGUCUCAAGGAAUUUAUCCGCUCCACGAUGUGUAUAUCCGGAAGGUGAAAGUAUUAAAGAAACCGCGCUUUGAAUUGAGUAAAUUAUUGGAGCUCCACGGUGACGGUGUGGGCAGUAAGAGCGAGGAAGUAGGUGAAAGCGGCUCGAAGGUUGACAGACCAGAGGGCUAUGAACCACCUGUCCAAGAGUCUGUUUAAGAUAUGAAUAAAGAUCACGUUAAAGUGUGAUUAACGCUUCCA